AUGUCAUCAGACAAGGAGUCAGGAGGAGAAGAGUACCUUUUCAAGAUAGUGAUAAUCGGCGACUCUAUGGUUGGCAAAUCCAACCUGCUCUCCCGCUAUGCCCUCAACGAGUUCAACAUGCACUCCAAGGCCACCAUUGGUGUCGAGUUCCAGACCCAGGUCUUGGACAUCGAAGGCAAGGAGGUCAAGGCCCAGAUUUGGGACACCGCCGGACAGGAACGCUUCCGUGCCGUCACCUCCGCCUACUACCGCGGCAUUGUCGAUGCCCUCGUCGUCUAUGACAUAGAGUAA